AUGAGAAAACCAAAAAUCAACCGCAUGGUUCUGGCCAUGUGCUUGGGAUCCUUCGUCAUGCUCAUAUUCUACUUUCAGAGUCAUUUGAAACCAGGUUUAGGACAGGACAGUGGGCAGGCCAGAGGACCCAGGAAAUCAGUCAGGAGUCCCCUUCAAGCCCUCUACACCACUGACCCUACAGAACUGUCUCCACUUCAGCUGAUGCACCAAGGUCGGCGCGAGCUGGUAGAAGAUGUUUGCCAAUCCUACAUCCGUAAACGCCGUGUCCUAGUUCCAGAGGACCUAAAGCACCUGAUUGUUGAUGAUAAUCAUGGUCUGCUUUACUGCUAUGUGCCUAAAGUCGCUUGCACGAACUGGAAACGUGUCUUGAUGGUCCUGACAGGUGAUUCAGGACGAGACCCACUUCAGAUUCCCGCUAAUGAGGCGCACAUCCCCGGCACCCUGCGCACUCUCUCUGAGUAUUCGACCUCUGAGAUCAAUUACCGCUUACGAAACUACCUGAAGUUCGUGUUCGUGCGUGAGCCCUUUGAGCGACUGGUCUCGGCAUACCGUAACAAGUUCACACGCAGCUACAACACGGCCUUUCACAAACGUUACGGCACCAAGAUCAUCCGGAGGCACCGGGCCGAGGCGAGUCCUGAGGCGCUGGAGCGCGGGGACGACGUCUCGUUCUCUGAGUUUGUACGGUACCUGGUAGACCCGGGUACACAGCGCGAGGAACCUUUCAAUGAGCACUGGGAGCGUGUGUACUCACUAUGCCACCCCUGCCUCAUACGCUACAAUAUUUUGGGCAAGUACGAGACGCUGCAGCAGGACUCCAGAUACGUACUCAAGCUGGCUGGUGUCGAUGAUGAGGUCACGUUUCCCAGCUCGGCCAAAAACACACGAACAACGGCGGAUGUGGUCGCCAGCUAUUUUAAGGACAUCAGCCCAGUCUAUCAGAAAAGGCUGUACAACCUUUACAAGAUGGAUUUUCUACUUUUUAACUACUCGAUGCCUGACUACCUAACACUCACAUGAGGCCUGGUGCCUUUUACCAGCACAAAGAGACCAAAAGGUUUUAUUAGAUUUUUAUUUUUUAUGGUAUCUGUGAAUGCUGAUUUAUCCAUUAUGUUUUAGUUCAAAGGAGAUUUUGUGUUGUUGGUUUUUCAGUCUUAUACUAAAAUAUUUUUAUUUCUAUUUUAUCGUACUGUUAAGCCCGUGGUCAUACUAACUUUUUGUCAGUA